AUGGGAGGUUCACUGUCGCGUAUUUGGUCCCUGCUCUGGUCCAAGAAGGAGAUCCGCAUUCUGAUUUUAGGUCUUGAUAACGCUGGAAAGACCACAUUGCUGUACAGGCUCAAGAUUGGUGAAGUCGUCACCACGAUACCUACAAUUGGUUUCAACGUCGAAUCGGUCACAUAUAAGAACCUCAAUCUCAAUGUCUGGGAUCUUGGUGGCCAAACUUCUAUUCGCCCAUACUGGCGAUGCUACUACGCCAACACCGCCGCAGUGGUCUUUGUCAUCGACUCCACAGAUAUUGAGCGAUUGGGGACUGCAGCAGAUGAACUAGCAGCCAUGUUGAACGAGGAGGAACUUCACGACGCAGCAUUGCUGGUGUUCGCCAACAAACAAGAUCAACCCGGUGCCAAGGGUGCAGGCGAGAUCUCAGAGGCUUUGAAGCUGGGAGAACUGCGGGACCGAAACUGGAGUAUUGUUGCUUGCUCUGCUAUUGAUGGCAAGGGUAUUAAUGAAGGAAUGGAUUGGCUGGUGCAAACAAUCCAGUCCGAGAAUGCAUGAUUUUCUGGCGUUCUAUGGGUUUAGAAUUUCAUCUUUGAUACCUUGGUUUUCGAGUUUCUCAUACGACUCGGGG